CCCCUGCCGGGUGGACUCGGCGCUGGCGGCGGCCGUGGUGGCGGAGGCGGCGACGACGGGGGAGACGGCUGCCCCGGUGGGAGAGGCGGCGGCGGCGGACGAGGAGGAGGGGGAGGCCGCGGCGGCGGCGAAGGCCUUCCUCGGAACGGGGAGCACGCCCCGCGGUGACGAGGUGGCCCCUUUAGAGCUCCCCCCCCCCGGGCUCUUCUCCUCUGGACGUGAGGUUGUGGCUGAGAGCGGGAGGCGUUGCGAGGGUCUCUGGGCCUUGCUGACAGGUGACAGGUGGAUCUGUCUGUGCUGUGGGACUGUGCCCGCAGAGUCGUAGACCAGCAGUUUCAGGGAGCAUAAAAUGCUUGGCCAGAAGAGAUGAAUACUAAUUCCACUCAGGCCUAGAAUUGCCUACUGAGAUAGUCCUGAGCAGGCGACCUACGAAUGGCCCAAGGAAGCCACCAAAUUGAUUUUCAGGUUUUACAUGACCUGCGACAGAAAUUCCCCGAAGUGCCUGAAGUUGUUGUGUCCAGGUGUAUGUUACAGAACAAUAACAACCUGGAUGCCUGCUGUGCUGUUCUCUCUCAGGAGAGUACACGGUAUCUUUAUGGUGAAGGAGACCUGAACUUUUCAGAUGAGUCUGGAAUUUCUGGUCUACGCAAUCACAUGACUUCUCUCAACUUGGACUUGCAGUCACAGAAUGUUUACCACCACGGAAGAGAAGGAAGCAGAGUAAAUGGAAGUCGGACUCUGACACACAGCGUCAGUGAUGGACAGCUUCAAGGUGGGCAGUCCAACAAUGAACUGUUCCAGCAGGAGCCACAGACAGCACCAGCUCAAGUUCCUCACGGCUUCAGUGUGUUUGGAAUGCCCAGCACAUCUGGUGCUUCAAAUUCAACACCACAUCUUGGAUUUCACCUAGGCAGCAAAGGGCCACCUAACCUCUCUCAGCAAACUCCCAGAUUUAACCCUAUUAUGGUGACGUUAGCCCCAAACAUACAGACUGGUCGGAGCACUCCUACGUCUCUGCACAUACAUGGUGUACCUCCGCCCGCACUUAACAGCCCACAGGGAAAUUCUAUCUAUAUCAGGCCUUAUAUUACAACUCCUAGUGGUACAGCUCGGCAGACACAACAGCAUUCUGGCUGGGUAUCUCAGUUUAAUCCCAUGAACCCUCAGCAAGCCUAUCAACCUUCGCAGCCUGGUCCUUGGACUACCUACCCUGCGUCCAGUCCUUUGCCACAUACCUCAGCCCAACAGCCCACUCAGCAGGGCCACCAGACCUCUCAUGUCUACAUGCCCAUCAGCUCGCCGACUACCCCACAGCCACCAGCAGUCCACUCAUCGGGUAGCGCUCAGUCUUCUGCCCAGUAUAACAUUCAGAACAUUUCAACAGGACCUCGAAAAAACCAGAUAGAAAUCAAACUUGAACCCCCACAGAGAAACAGUUCUUCAAAAUUACGUGCUUCUGGACCUCGAACUGCCAGCACGUCUUCAGUGGUCAACAGCCAGACCUUAAAUAGAAAUCAGCCCACUGUUUACAUAGCUGCCAGUCCUCCAAGUACUGAUGAGAUGGUCUCCCGUAGUCAACCUAAGGUCUAUAUUUCAGCCAAUGCCACCACAGGAGAUGAGCAGGGCAUGCGGAAUCAACCUACACUCUUCAUAUCCACAAACUCUGGGCCAUCUGCCACCUCCAGGAACAUGUCUGGGCAAGUGAGCAUGGGUCCUGCCUUUAUCCAUCACCACCCUCCCAAAAGCCGAGUGUUGGGGGGGAACUCUGCAGCGUCUCCUCGAGUGGUGGUCACUCAGCCCAACACGAAAUAUACUUUCAAAAUUACAGUUUCUCCCAAUAAGCCCCCGGCAGUCUCCCCAGGGGUAGUCUCCCCUACCUUUGAGCUUACGAACCUUCUGAAUCACCCUGACCAUUAUGUAGAGACAGAGAAUAUGCAGCACCUCACGGACCCUGCUUUAGCACAUGUGGAUAGGAUAAGUGAAGCUCGGAAACUGAGUAUGGGAUCUGAUGAUGCUGCCUACACACAAGCUCUGCUGGUGCACCAGAAGGCCAGGAUGGAACGGCUUCAAAGAGAGCUCGAGAUGCAGAAGAAAAAGCUGGAUAAACUCAAAUCUGAGGUCAAUGAGAUGGAAAAUAAUCUAACUCGAAGGCGCCUGAAGAGAUCAAAUUCCAUAUCCCAAAUACCUUCACUCGAAGAAAUGCAGCAGCUGAGAAGUUGUAAUAGGCAACUCCAGAUUGACAUUGACUGCUUAACCAAAGAGAUUGAUCUUUUUCAAGCCCGAGGACCACAUUUUAACCCCAGCGCUAUUCAUAACUUUUAUGACAAUAUUGGAUUUGUAGGUCCUGUGCCACCAAAACCCAAAGAUCAGAAGCCCACCACCAAAGCACCAAAGACUCACGACACAGAGGAUGAGGAGGGGGCUCAGUGGAAUUGCACUGCCUGUACUUUUUUGAAUCACCCGGCCUUGAUCCGCUGUGAACAGUGUGAGAUGCCUCGGCAUUUCUGAGCCAAAGGCCCGUCUCCUCUAAAGCCACAUCCAGAGUUCAGACAAGUCGCCUGUCGUCGGGGAAGUGUUUCACUGCCACAUAGGAGAGUCCAGCUGAAGGUGAUGAGACGGUAGUGCGCUGCGCUCAGCGUCAGCCCUCGGCUAACGCUACCUCAGUCUAGAGUUGUGGACAGUGGAGACUCAGCGCACGAAGGCUCUGAGAGCCUGGACUGCCUAGCCGUGUGCGUGUAUCGUGCCCCACGUGGACCAUUCUCGCUCUGUCAGUGCCUAGGUGUUCCCAGCGCCUGUCCCCUCACGUCACUACUGAUUUUGACAGGAGGGGUAGGAUGACAGCUUUGUGUGUUUUUGAAGCUUUUGGUGAAACACUACACACACGAAGAGAAGGAACAAGGUUUAGCUACUUAAAACUCUGCUGCCGCAUAGUGCCAGUGGAUGCGGGAAACUUCACAAUCUGUGGUACUUUUGACCUUGUCUUCUGUCUUCUCUGAAGACGUCUCUGUGAAGCCAGCAUCUAGGGUCUGAUGGUAAAAAGGAAAGCAGUAUGCGCUGUCUGUACAAUCCGCAGUGAGCUCCCCAAAGCCUUUCCUCCUGUACAGAUCUCUCAUGUCUGCUUUAAGUGACUUCUUCAUUAUUUUCUUAUAGUUCUGUAUGUAUAGUGUAAUAGACUUUUGUUAACUAAUGUUCUUUUCCCUUUUAGUAAGCACGGUCAUGUUUCCUUUUAAGCCUUACCUGAGAAAAGCAAUGCCAUAGAUUUAAAAAAAAAAAAAAAAGCAUUAAUGAAAUGAAACUGUGCACAAAAUAACUUCCCUCUCCUCCUCCUGCUCUUUGUCCCCUCGGGUGCCAGUCCUCUGAGAAGACUUGCAGGUGCUGCUCGUGAGUUGCAGGAAGCCCUGCAGGCAUGUCGGGAGGUCACGCUCUACACUGACUUCACAGUGGGUGACCAAACGUGGCCUUUGUCUUCUAGAGCAGCUUAAGCACAAGUGCCGAAACCCACUGACAUCUUCCCCUCCCGUGCGGUGUCGCUCAGCACUUCAUGGAGGCUCCCAUUGGGAAAGUAGUUUCAGAAGCAGCCACAGCAGCAGGUCCAGCAGCCUUUUCCUCUUGGGAAGAAGUGCAGUUGCUGUACUGUCGGGACAGUCCAUUUCUAAACCUGACUGGGUGACAGGACCGUGUGUUUAUGAAACAUAGUCAUCUUUAGGACAACUGAAGAAAAGCUGGAAAAAGAAAGAAAAACAAGCAGACUUGAACACUGAAGCAACCUCAGACAUCUCUUUAUUUUGAUGAUAUAUUUUUGUAAGGAAAAUAAAUAUUCAUAAGAUCAGGAAUGUAUAUAACUAAAUAAAAUCAAGAAAAAAUAACAGUAUGCAUUUAAAAAGAAUUAUGAAAUUAUCAGUGCUUGGAAUGGGGCUAAGGGAAGUGCUGAAAUAUAGCAAAAAACAGGACAUAAUGUAGAUUGUCCCGCUGUAAAUGUCCACAUGUGGCUAUGUCUUAGAUAAACGGGAUUGUUACAGAUGAGUGACCAGAAGGUCAGAGCCUUGGCUUCCAGGCUCUGUGUCCUGAGUGUGGAAGAGAUGUGGCGAUCAUAGGUCACUUGACAGCAGACCCCAAAACUCGUACAUUUGAUGCAUUUGUUUAGAAGCAGGCCUUGUUUUUCAGCUUCCUCUGCAGUUCUAUGUGAAGAUUGGUAAAUCAGUUUUUACUUGUUUUAUUAAUAAAACGUAAUUUGGAUAUCUUGAGUUGAUGGUUUUGUGAUUUAGCUGGGUAAACUAUCUUUGUAACAGAUAAGUUAUUUAUAAAAAUUAAAAAACUUAUAUUCUAA